AUCCUGAGAAUGAAUUCAAGUAUGAAAGUGCACGUGGCUAUGGGCCAGGUGGACCUCUGUUGAUAAGUAGUGAGCAACAGGGAUAUCAAUGGCAAACUGGCAAUAAUAGAAGUAGCAGAAUUUUGUAG